ACUCCGAGAGAACGUUUUGAGUUCAUUCACUGUGUGUUCACUAAUCAGUUCAGACAACUUCGAUAUCAACUUUACUUAUUGGCUAUUAGUUCCUUAAUUUUCAAGACAAAUAUGUGGCGAUUUAGCUUGUGUUUAAUAUGUUUCGCGAUAGGCGUAUCUGCACACAAAUUAAUAAAAGUCGAUCAAGCCAUGGAAAAUCAACGAGUGGUACCUGAUGUAAUUCCUGUUGCUCCAAAAGAAAUUAUACAUGUAAAUUAUCCGAAUGGCGAAAAAGCAUUACUUGGAAAUGAACUUACACCCACUAAGGUAAAAGACCAGCCGUCAGUUAGUUGGAAUGCUGACCCUAAUUCAUUUUAUACGCUGUGUUUGACAGAUCCUGAUGCUCCGAGUCGUGCUGAACCUAAAAACAGAGAAUGGCAUCAUUGGUUGGUAGGAAACAUACCCGGUGGAAAUGUGAGCCUAGGAGAAACACUUUCUGGAUACGUAGGUUCUGGACCUCCACCAAAAACCGGGCUACAUCGAUACGUGUUUUUAGUAUACAAACAACCGUCCAAACUGUCAUUUGAUGAGCCACGUAUAAGCAAUAAAUCUGCCGAAAAUCGUGAUAAAUUUUCAAUCCAUAAAUUUGCACAGAAGUACAAUUUAGGAACACCUGUGGCUGGUAAUUUUUAUCAAGCUCAGUACGAUGAUUAUGUUCCAAUUCUAUACCAACAAUUUGGAGUCAAUAUGGCAUUGUUGAUAAAAUCCGCCAUUAAUUACUGUCACCUGACUGCUCGAGCUAAACAUUUGAUCGUUCCACAGUUAACUACUGCGUUCACUGCUCGUUCAUCUUACUCGACCAAAUCGUCCGCCGCCGCCGCCAUGCUUGAACACGAAGUCGUUCCCGAUGUGAUUGCCGUUGCGCCCAGCGACAAAAUUGAAGUGUCAUACCCAAGUGGAGUAAGUGUUGACAUGGGUAAUGAGCUCACACCUACUCAAGUAAAAGAUCAACCAUCAGUAAACUGGCCUGCUGAUCCAAAUGCUUUGUAUACUCUUUGUAUGACAGAUCCUGAUGCUCCAAGUCGUAAGGAGCACACGUAUAGAGAAUGGCAUCAUUGGCUAGUUGGAAAUAUUCCUGGUAAAGAUAUUACGAAGGGUGAAACACUUUCUGAGUAUGUAGGCUCCGGACCUCCACCUGAGACUGGACUUCACCGAUAUGUAUUCUUAGCUUACAAACAACCUUCAAAGUUGAAUUUUGAUGAACCCCGUUUAACUAACAGGUCAGCAGAAAAGCGUGAAAAAUUUUCUAUUGCUAAAUUUGCGCUUAAAUACAAUUUGGGAAAUCCGGUGGCUGGAAACUUCUAUCAAGCUCAAUAUGAUGAUUAUGUGCCAGUGCUAUACAAGCAGCUUGGUGCUUAAGUCAUUAUACAAAUAAAUAUACUCAAUGGUCACUGCUCAAAUGCUUAAUCAAAUAUGACUAAAUGUUGAAGCAAUAAUUGUGUGUAACAAAGCAUAUUUCUAAGUUUAGAAUCAAUUUUGGAUGUGGUAAUAAAUGUUAAAAUAAAAUAGAUAUUUUUCAUUGAUAA